AUGCUCCUCACGCUCUUUUUCCUCCUGCCCCUGCAGUUGCUUAGCGUCGCCGAUGCGCAACAAGGCUUCAACACAUCGGAGUUACUGGUGAACAUUCUCGACGGCCCGGUGCUCGGCCACUGGGCGCCGCACAACCUUCGGUGGAGCCCGCCCGACAAGCCGGACGCGUGGACGGCGGCCAGGAAUGCGAGUCGCUUCGGCCCGGCGUGCUACAACGCCCCGCUCUUUGACUUUGAGAACUUUACUCCGCCGGCGGAAGAAUCCGAAGGUUGCGUACGCUACGUGGCUAUCCCUUUGCGUUUCGGCAAAAGACCGCUGACGAGUGCGGAGGUUGUCCGUCAAUGUGUGGGUGCCCUCCACAUCGCGCCUGAAGAAGGGGGAUCCGAGGCCGCGGUGAUGUUGUGGGUUUACGGCGGCGGGUUUUCGUUCGGAGGUUCCUAUCUACCCCUAUACAACGGAGCAUCCUUCGUAAGGGACCAAGAUGACGUUAUUUUGGUAACCUUUAAUUAUCGACUCGGCCUCUUCGGCUUUCCGGGUGUACCCGGUGACGGCAUCUACUCCGACGAAAAAAAUCUAGGCCUCCACGACGUCCGCGCAGCGAUAGAGUGGACAUACGACAACAUCCGUGCUUUUGGCGGCGACCCCAAGAAGAUCACCCUCUUCGGCGAAUCCUCGGGCAGCGCCGCAACCGACGCCUACCUCUUCUCAUCAGCCUCCGGCCCCCUGACAAGCGGGGCAAUCCUCCAAUCGGGCACUAUCUCCAUCGUCGACUCGGCGGCAGGCAAUCACUCCGCGUGGGCAAACCUGACCGAAGCGCUGGUGUGCAACUCGCCGAUGGCGUCGUACGCGGAGGUGAUGUGCUUGCGGGCGUACCCGGAAUUGCAGCUGCGCGAUACCGUCGUGAAGGUGCAGCUCACGUUCGGGCCAGUCGUGGAUGACAGCACGGUGUUCAGCGAUGCGCGGGAGCGGCUGGAAGAGGGACGGUUCACGCGCGUGCCGAUACUCAUUGGCAGUAAUGACGAGGAGAUCCUGGAAGGGAGUUUGGCUACGAGGAACAGCUUCACGUGUCCGGCGGCUAGGAGCGCGAGGUUUCAUGCGAUGUAUGGCAGCGAGGUCGCGCAGAUCUUUGGGACUUUUGAGCAAGAGAGUGCGUUGCCGGAACAGAAGGAUAGCAGUAGAUACAUUCAGGGUGCGUGGGCGGCAUUUGCGAAGGAUGCGCUCAAUGGGCUGGGGAAAUAUUGGCCUAGCUGGGAUGGGGAGGUCAUUGGUGAGGCUUGCAUACAACAACCACCCGGGGCCACAUUCACAACUCCGUGGAAUUACGAGUCCGGCUGUAAUUUCUGA